UAAGCAAAAUCAGCUUGAUAUGGAAAAGAGAAUCAACGAGAAAUGUGAUCCUGUCAAGUUGAUCCGGAGUCAAUUGGAUGUAGCCAAGGCGCUUAACGGAAUCGCCAAUGGUUCUAAAUAAGUAAUUUUAGUGUGGAUCGAUCCAAAUUUUUGGAAAAUGUCAUUGUAAUAAUCACUCAAGUUUAGAAGUUCUUUUUCCAAACUAAACGUAUCAUUUGGUGAACAAAUUAGAAAUGGCGUAGCCAAGUAGAGAUUCUUUCUUCACCAGGUGGAUAUUGAAAUUGUGUUGAUGAUGAUGUAGAUUGACCCGGCAAAAUACAAAAGCGUUAUCUCUGGAUUUGGAGUAAUGUUCAGGGAGCAAGGAAUUAGAGGUUUCUUUAGGGGUUGGGCGCCCACUAUGAUUGGUUACAGUGCUCAGGGUGCCGGCAAGUACGGCCUCUACGAGUUCUUUAAGAAGUACUAUGCAGAUAUUGCAGGACCUGAGUAUGCAGCCAAGUACAAAACCUUGAUCUAUCUCGCAGGUUCUGCAUCUGCUGAAGUGUUUGCUGAUGUUGCCCUCUGUCCUAUGGAAGCUGUCAAAGUUCGAGUCCAGACUCAGCCGGGGUUCGCCAGAGGUUUGUCAGAUGGGCUACCAAAGUUUAUCAAAUCCGAAGGCGCUCUCGGGUUGUACAAAGGGAUUGUUCCUCUUUGGGGACGCCAAAUUCCUUAUACAAUGAUGAAAUUUGCAACCUUCGAGAAAUUUGUCGAGCUCACUUACAAGCAUGUGAUCCCAACACCGAAAGAGCAGUGCAGCACACCCUUGCAGCUCGGAGUGAGCUUUGCGUGUGGAUAUGUGGCUGGUGUGUUCUGUGCUGUUGUUUCACACCCUGCUGAUAACUUGGUGUCUUUCCUCAACAAUGCCAAGGGGGCAACUGUUAGUGAUGCUGUGAAGAACCUAGGAGUGUGGGGUCUUUUCACCCGGGGUCUUCCUCUUCGUAUAGUCAUGAUCGGAACCCUUACCGGAAGCCAAUGGGGUAUCUAUGAUGCCUGCAAAGUUUUCAUGGGCGUACCAACUACUGGUGGCGCCGCUCCUGCUGCCACUGAGCUUGCCAAUGCUUGAAUCCAAAACUGAUGGAUGUCAAACCCCAUUCUUUUAGUUCAAGGAAUUACAAACUAUCAAAAGACUUCAUAGUUCAUACUAUCAAUUCUACCGGUAGUCAUUUUUUAUUUUUUGUCACUUUUUUUUGUAAAAUUAUCAUCUCAGUUGGUCAAAAACAAAGAAGGCAGCAGAUUAUAUUUAUCAGGGAUUAUGCGGAAAGCCGAGUUUCUGACUUCUGAGGUUGGCAUCAAGAGC